AACGCUCUCCGAGAUCGCAUUGGAUCCAUUCGCCGUAUCACGCUGGGUCAUCCCUGACGCGAAACCAUAUUACAACCCAGAACACAAGACACGAGUCACGAAGGUCCGAAGGAGCAUCAUUGAACCUAGGUCCCGUGACUGGGUUACAUGCAGUAUUCUUGCGGUGUCACCAAGGUUUCUCGAUUCCUUUAGGCCUGAUACAUUAAUCGCGAUAUAAGAGCAAAUCAAUACAACUGAAGAGUAAGAGUCAAGAAAUAGGGCUUUUUGCGGUGGAUUUACUUUGUCACGCAAAAUGAAGGCCCUCCGACGAUCCAUCAAAGGCGAGAAGGACAAGCCUCAGGUCUCCAUUGCCCCGAAAUCCGCAGUGGCGAUUGUACCCCCCAAAAAGGUCAUCCGGGCGCUCUACGACUACGAAGCACAGUCAGAACAGGAGCUCAGCUUUUCUCGUGGUGACUUCUUCCACGUCAUUGGGAGAGAAACUGAUCCUGAUUGGUACGAGGCCUGCAACCCAGCCUUGCCCGACGCCCGUGGUCUCGUUCCGGUCGCCUUCUUCCAGGCUCUAGGCCGCACCGAAAGAGACAGCGCCCAGUCCGACGGCGGUCACGUUCCCGUGGCAGCGGCAGCGGCAGCGGCUUCCAAGAAUCCCGAUCAUGAUUCCGGCUACGCUGAAGGUCCCGUUCCCCAACGGCCCGGUUCUGGCGCAAUCCACCGAAUGUCUCGAUCCGGAAAGUCGGGUGCCAUGGUGUACGGGAUUGUCAUGUACGACUUCCAGGCGGAGCGGGGUGAUGAGCUCGAAGCCAAGGCCGGCGAGGCCAUCAUUGUCAUCGCGCAAUCGAACCCGGAAUGGUUCGUCGCCAAACCCAUUGGUCGCCUCGGUGGCCCCGGUCUGAUCCCUGUCUCCUUCGUCGAGAUCCGUGAUAUGGCCACCGAUAAAGCCGUACCGAACCCGGCCGACGCAGUCAAGAAAGCGGGUGUUCCCAAAGUGGAGGAAUGGAAGAAGAUGGCCGCCGAAUACAAGAAUAGCAGCAUCACACUGGGCAAGUUCGAGGGCGGCAGCAGCACCGGCCAGAAUGUCGAGCAGGGCAUGGAGCGCCUGAGUCUCCAGCAGCAGGCCCGGAGAAGUAGCCAGAACGGCGUCAACCAAGCCACCCAACAACAGAUCCGCAGCUCCCAGCAAGGGGUCGUCGCGCAGAAUCCGCACCCUCCCAAGUCGGUCUCGCAAAUGUACGCCCCCGUCUCUGCUCGUAUCCCGCGGUACUGCUUCGCCGAGGACAAGUACUGGUUUGUCAUCGAGGCCACAUUGGAAGAUGGUCGGCAUUGGGAGCUAUCUCGCUACUACGAAGACUUCUACGACUUCCAAAUCGCUCUCCUAACCGAGUUCCCCGCCGAGGCCGGCAACACGGGCACGCAGAAGCGCACGCUCCCCUACAUGCCCGGCCCAGUCAACUAUGUCACCGACGCCAUCACCGAAGGCAGGCUGCACAACCUCGACGCAUACGUCAAGAACCUGCUCGCGCAACCGCCGUACAUCUCUCGGUGCAUGCUGGUGAAGCAGUUCUUCGCCCCGCGCGAAGGCGAUUACGAGAUCGACCCGAACUCCAUGGGCGACGACUACCGACUCUCGGUGGCUUCCCAGCCGUCGUCCACGGACUCCCCCGCCGACGGCGCGUCACGACAGUCUUCGAGAAACAACCUCAACGGUGCCGGUUAUUCUGGUCUCUCGGCAGCGCCGCAACGGCCGGGUCUCAGCCAAGCCACUUCGGCCAUGUCCGCCAUGUCUCGGCAAGCCUCUUCACUGUCUCAGCCCUCCCAGACCUCCAUCUCCCCCGGCGUCAACCAGGCGGUCUCGGCAAUGAAGGUCAAGCUGUGCUUCAACGGUGAUCUGAUCGCCAUCCGGGUGCCGACCGAUAUCCAAUUCCAGCAGCUGUACGACAAGGUCCGGGAGCGACUGAAGAUCCCCGCCGACGAGACCAUCGAACUCUUCUACAAGGAUGAACGCACCGGCGACAAGCCCAACCUCCUAAGCAACAAUGACCUUGAUAUCGCUCUGCAGAGGAAUGAAAAGCUCAUGCUCUACGUUGAGCAGGUCUGAUUCAUGAUCCUGGUUAGGGUCUUCUUCUCUCUCAGGAUGCGGCGCAUUCUUUGGCAUCAUGUCUUGCAUGUGUGUGUGCGUGUGUGUGUGUGUGUGUAUUGGGAAAGCAAAAGCACAUGACGUUCAGGCCGUCCUUCGGAAUCUCGUUUCCUUGCUUCUUUCCGAUUCCCUCCCCCGAAUCGCAUUGGCAGGCGCCUGUGAUGGUGUCACGGUUAUCAUCUUGCCCGCUC